AGCAAAUCCUAAAGGCGCGCAGAGCAGAGGGAGGAAGAAAGGGUCGGAGUCGGAGAGAAUGUGGGAAUCAAUUGUUUUGACGGUAGUUGCCACCGCCGGCAAUAACAUCGGCAAAAUCCUUCAGAAGAAGGGCACGCUCAUUCUCCCCCCUCUCUCUUUCAAGUUCAAGGUCAUAAGGGCCUAUGCUUUCAACAAAAGCUGGGUAAUAGGUUUUCUAAUGGAUAUAUUUGGGGCACUAUUGAUGUUAAGGGCAUUAGCUCUGGCUCCUGUUUCUGUCAUCCAACCAGUUUCUGGCUGCGGACUGGCAAUUCUUUCAAUCUUUUCUCAUUUUUAUCUCAAGGAAGUCAUGAAUGCCAUUGAUUGGGUAGGCAUUACCUUGGCAGGUUUUGGCACAAUAGGAGUUGGUGCUGGAGGUGAGGAGCAAGAGGCUGCUGCGUUAUCUAUUUUUCACAUACCAUGGAUGGCAUUUGUUGUUUUCAUCUUGUUUAUAGUUCUUAAUGGAUGGCUUCGUAUAUACAAACGUCAAAGAAGAGAACAAGAGAUGAUGGAAUAUGAUGUUGUCGAGGAAAUCAUUUAUGGCUUGGAAUCUGGAAUUUUGUUUGGGAUGGCAUCUGUAAUAUCAAAGAUGGGAUUUCUAUUCCUGGAGCAAGGCUUCCACAAGAUGUUGGUUCCUAUUUGCUUAUUCAUGAGUGUGUGUUCAAGUGGUACAGGCUUUUACUACCAGACACGCGGUUUGAAGCAUGGGAGGGCUAUUGUAGUUUCUACAUGUGCAGCUGUGGCAUCAAUUUUGACUGGUGUACUUGCUGGAAUGCUUGCUUUAGGCGAGCGACUCCCUUCGGCCCCAACAGCUCGCCUUUUACUUCUACUUGGCUGGCUACUAAUUAUUGUGGGCGUCAUUUUACUUGUUGGUUCAAAAAGGCUAGCGAGAUUCCUUCCAUUUUCUUCACAGCGCUCUAAAAGAAGUAGUGUGGAUAAGAAUUAUGGCCCUAGAAGAUCUGGGACUUCCCGUAUCAGAGAACCAAGCCCAACUGCUGUCAUUCAAGCAGCAACCUUGAAUCAUUUACUAUCAUCAUCUUCCAAAGAAAAAGCUUGAUUUUACAUGAGCUGGAAAAUGAUCCUUCAUCCAUUCUCAGGUUUCACCCGUACUUAAAAAAAUACCCCCUCUUAAGGCUAGGUUGUUUGUGUAAAGUUGCUGCUUUAUCAGAGGGCAUGAAUUUUUAUGGAUCAUUCCUUCUGGCUCACCUAUUUUACGUGAAAAUUCAUUAACUUGUAUAAACUAUUCAUAUGCUUCCAAUAAUUCUCAAUAUUGUAUAUGACCAUGGUAUAAAAGCGUACAGAGUAAAACUGUAGCAAACAAGUAUUGUGCUUUCUAUAUCAGAUACGUGGUUAUUGUUUCACAUUUUAAUCA